AUGUCCUUGUCAGAACCGUUUCCACUUCUCCGUCUCCCCAGAUUGCCUCUUUUCAAAGUUUUCAACGACAUCUGCGUUCGGGAACAAUUCUACAUCUCGAUAUGCUCGAGCAAAGCAAAAUAUGCUAUCAAAUUCUACAACGAAAAACAAAAGUUCUCUGUGACUUUUCGUUUUACGGAUACCUUCGCGUUUUCCCUGAAAACCGGUCACAAUAAAUUUUGGAUAGACGUCCAAACUAUUACUCCAACUUUUGGGUCAAUGGGGAUUUUUUUGAGCAGUGUUGACGUUGAAGCACCGCCAAAUGUGCAACGACUUCUCUUGUUUUUGUCUGAUGUGUUUAACACUCCUGCAAUCAGACUAGUUUUCGAAGAAAAACCUCAUGACUUUGUGUCAGGAUUUAUUAACUUCAUUCAUUCUAUGAAGCUAAAAAUUUAUUAUUUGGAGAUUAAGUCAAAUGACGGGGAAAGUGUGGAAUAUAUUCUGGACAAUUGUAGACAAGGCUUUUCUAAAAUCUACCUGAACUGUCCAAUGCUUCACACAGAAUUCGAAUAUCUGAACAAGCCUUUGGCCCCAAAGUUCAGUCUCGAUGAGCUAGCAAUUAGCUAUGCGGGAUGGGUGACCACAUGGCAUUUAACCAAAUUAUUCAUUAAUUGCAAAUAUGUCAAACUUGAUAGAUGCAACCCAAGAAAUAUUAACGUUAAGCAAUUCAUUCAAAAAUGGAAUGACGGAUAUUCUCAAUUGAAAUUCGCUAGGCUGGCAUUUAAUCAUGUUGACUUCUCUUUCGCUGAUAUCAUGAGAGGGAUACCAUCGACAAUUGUGUCGACCGAAGAGAUGGGGUUGGAAUUAAGUCCAUUCAACAAUACAGUUUAUCGUAUUCAACAACAAAAAACUGGACGAGAAGUAUAUGUUUUUAGUAAUCAAGAUUAUAUUGGGCUUACUGAUUCUCUGCAAUAA